GAUAUUUUGGGGAUUUUUGAGGCGAGCGUUUUAGAUUUUUAGGGAGAUAAAUUUUUGAGAGUUGGGAACACUGCAGAACAUGUCAGAUCUGUCAGAUGUUAAAUGUCACUGAUGUCAGCAUCGUGUUUGUCGUUUACCUGUAAAUUGUUUAUUAAAAAUUGAAUUUUACUGAUAUACAUUUUUGAUGGCUUAUCCUCAACCUAAUGCUCAAAGAGAAUUGGCAAAUCGUAAAAUAUUAGAGGAGCUUCAACUUAAAAAGCAACUGCUACUCAAACAAGGCGUCGCAUCAACACUCAACUCUUCAGCACUCCCAGUUUUAGGAUCUACUACCGUUCAGAAUAACGAUGGACAUUCAAUGAACUCCCAUCAACAACGGGCCGCCUUACAAACUGCUAAUUCUCAAUCUAUGGGAUACUUCAUCUCGCAAGAUUCCUUAUUUGGAAAUUUGAUUUUACCCGUUUUACCUCGAUUUGACUCAAAGUAAUGUUUCCAUGUUUAAAAUUAAGGAAAAUCGAAGAGACUCUUCAACAAGUUUCUGAUUUUAAAAAGCCUAAAAUUAAAUUAGAACAAUACGUAACUCCUGCACAUUUGGGAUCGCAUAUGUUGUAUACUAUUCAGUCUCAAUAUGGAGAUAUAAGUGGAAAACUUGUAGCCGAUCUUGGUUGUGGCUGUGGAGGCCUUUCUAUAGGUGCUGCAAUAUUAGACGCUUCCCUUGUAAUCGGUUUUGAAAUAGACAGUGAUGCUUUAGACAUUUUUAAAGACAAUAUAACAGACCAUGAACUUGAAAAUGUGGAUGUAGUUCAGUGU